GCCCUCGGUACCUGAGUGGGAGAUGCCACUUCACAUAUAUAACGCCAAACCACCGACCCCUCAGCAAGCAGUUACCACAGCUUCAACAUGAAGGUAUUCGUGUGUCUGUUAGCAAUGGCCGUAGUCACAAGAGCCGGAUUUCUCGGCGGUGGCGGAGGCGGCGGCUGGUCCGGCGGUGGCGGUGGUGGUUACGGCGGUGGCGGCGGCGGUUACGGCGGCGGCGGCGGCGGUUGGAAAAUCAGCAGCGGCGGAGGCGGUGGUGGCUGGAAAAGCGGAGGAGGCGGUGGUGGCUGGAAAAGCGGAGGAGGCGGUGGAUGGUCCGGCGGCGGCGGUGGAUGGUCCAGCGGCGGAGGCGGCGGUGGCUGGAAAAGCGGAGGCGGUGGUGGCGGCUGGUCCGGCGGCGGUGGCGGCAGUGGUGGACAAGUGAAAAUAAUCAAAAUCAUCACCACUGGCGGAGGCGGAGGCGGUAUGUUCAUAUUAUUUUCUUUACCUAAGUAUUUGCUAGUUAUUAUUUUCAUACAGUACCUACAUAUUAUUUUGAACUUCAGCCAUGGAGGCGGCGGCUACGGCGGCGGCGGCGGCGGCGGCCACGGCGGCGGCGGCGGCGGCUAUGGAGGCGGUGGCUGGUCUAGCGGUGGCGGCGGCGGUGGCUGGAAACUGGGUGGAGGUAGCAGCGGUUGGUCCAGCGGCGGAGGCGGCGGUGGCUGGAAAAGCGGCGGCGGCGGUUCCUCUGGCUGGUGGUGAUCUUAAUUUAUUGAUGUGAUAUACC